AUGAAAGCAGGGUUCGGCAGUCCCAUAAACACUUAUAAGAAUUUUCUAGUCUACUGGAAAAUAAGGUUUGCAAAGGAAAAUAAGUUCGAGGUUCAGAAGGGUCUUUUGGUUCUCAUCGUUGUGCAGAAGAUUUCUCUCAAGUUGCAUUCAGAGGAAGGGGAUCAUCUUUGGUUUGAUCCUCCUUCUAAAUGGUCUGGGAGUCUUCAAAGGUCUUUCCUCGAGGCCUCUUACCUUGUUAAUGCUGCUCUAUCAGAUGACUUUUCAAAUCUGCCACCAUUUAUCAGAUCUGACUUCUCAGCUCUGUCUCAUCAUCUGCUUAUCAGAUCUGCCUCUUUAGUUCCCUUCAAAGAUAACUUAUCAGAUGGUCUCUCAGCUCGAUAG